GAAGACCACAGUCAUUGCAAUCUUCUUUGGUGUGUUUCUCACCUGUACAUAUGCAGCUAAGGAAGCCACAAGGAGGAUGAAAAAGGCUAAGCUAUAUUUUGUACUCACAGAUGUGCCCCAGAUCGAUUGCGAUGUCAAGGCGGGGAAGAUAAUAAAUCCAGAAUUCAUUGCAAAAUGCCCUCCUGGGUGUCAAGAUGUAAAAUACCGUGUUUAUGGCACAGACAUUUAUGCUUCCUUUUCCAGCGUGUGCAAUGCUGCAAUUCACAGUGGUAUAAUCGACAACACAGGUGGGAAGAUCCUUGUCCAGAAAGUUGCUGGCCACUCUGGUUACCGAGGGAGCUUCUCCAAUGGGGUCCGGUCCCUGUCCUUGCCGCGCUGGAGGGAGUCCUUCCUCGUGUCAGAGGGCAAGCCAAGAAAAGGUGUGACAUAUCCAUCAACUCUGGAAUAUUCCUCUUCAAAAAGCACAGCUGUUAAAUCAGAGCCUAAAAAGCCAGAGCAAGACCUUAAAAUUAUGAAGAGUGCAGAUAGCACUAACACAUCAGAAAAAGCAGCAGAACAAGGGGACACAGUCCACAAAGAAUAUCAAACAUCUCCCAUGCCAACACCAGCUACACAAAUGGCCACCACAACCCCAACACCAACAACCACGACAAUGGAUCCUUCUACUACAACGCCAAAGCCAACCACAACACCUGCAACAACCAGAACCACAACAGUUGCAGCUGCAGCCAAGACUAGACCGGGACUGCAUAGGGUCAGAGAUAUAGGUUCUAGCAGUGUUCACCCAGCAUACUCAUCUGUGGUAGCUGCAGCAUCAAGACAGGUUCAGGCUGCACAAGGAAGAGGACAGAACACAGCUUUCAGGGGCACGUCCACCUCUGCAAGUAACAGGAAUAUUUUAAGACCCAGUACAGGUAUUCAGCGCCAAGAGCCUGUUGCUGCUUUCCGGAGGGCUGACGGCUCCCCAUCCCACUUGGCAAUGGAAACAGACUUGUGGAAACCUGGAUUGAGCCUUUUUGACACAGGCUUCAGUUCAAAGGAAGAAUUGAAUCCGAAGCCACCGGAGUCCAUCUCCCAGGGGAACCCAAAUUGCAAGAUUGAUUUGUCCUUCUUGAUGGAUGGGAGCUGGAGCAUUGGUAAACGCCGUUUUCAGCUCCAGAAGCGGUUCCUUGGUAAUGUGGCUCAAGCCCUUGGCAUCGGCAGUGCUGGCCCUCUGAUGGGCAUUGUUCAGUAUGGCGAUGACCCUUCCACAGAGUUUAACUUAAAAACUCAUACCAACUCCAAGGACCUAAGAAAUGCCAUCGAGAAAAUCCCACAGAGAGGUGGACUUUCCAACGCUGGGAAGGCGCUUUCAUUUGUUAACAAAAACUUCUUUUUGGAUGCUAAUGGAAACCGAGGUGGAGCACCAAAUGUGGUUGUAGUGGUGGUGGAUGGGUGGCCAACUGACCAAGUGGAGGAGGCCUCCAGGCUUGCCAGAGAAUCAGGGAUCAACAUUUUCUUUGUCACUGUUGAAGCAGCUACUGAAAUUGAGAAGCAGAACGUUAUCGAACCAAACUUUGUGGACAAGGCAGUGUGCAGGACAAAUGGUUUCUACUCCAUCAAUGUGCCCAGCUGGUUCAGCCUAUACAAGGUGGUGCAGCCCCUGGUGAAGCGGGUCUGUGACACCGACCGGCUGGCCUGCAGCAAGACGUGCCUCAAUUCGGCUGACAUCGGUUUCGUAAUCGACGGCUCCAGCAGCGUCGGCACCGGCAACUUCCGCACAGUGCUGCAGUUUGUAGCCAACAUCAGCAAGGAGUUUGAAAUUUCGGACACCGACACCCGCAUUGGGGCUGUUCAGUACACCUAUGAGCAAAGGCUUGAGUUCAGCUUCGACAAGUACAGCACGAAGCAGGAUGUGCUGAGCGCCAUUAAAAGGAUCAGUUACUGGAGCGGUGGGACCAGCACGGGAGCAGCCAUCAGCUACGCCACAGAGCAGCUGUUCAGCAAAUCCAAACCCAACAAACGGAAGAUCAUGAUUCUCAUCACAGAUGGCAGGUCUUACGAUGAUGUCAGCGUGCCGGCCAUGGCCGCUCACCAAAAUGGAGUUAUAGCUUACUCCAUUGGAGUUGCUUGGGCAGCCCAAGAUGAACUGGAAGCCAUCGCAACAGACCCCGAUAAGGAGCAUUCCUUCUUCGUGGAUGAAUUUGACAACCUCUACCGCUUUGUUAAUCAGCUCAUCCAAAAUAUUUGCACAGAAUUUAAUUCCCAGCCACGGAACUAAUGGGCUCAGGCAAGGCAGGACCCGUGGGCACCAAGCUGAAGGCACACCAAGUGCCACAGGAGUAAUGCCAGCCCCCAGUUCAAGAAAUACUGGAGGUGUUUUUCUCUGGCACUUUCUAGUCAGCAAGGUUCAUUGCAGCUCUGUCCCUGUGCAUGAUAGCGCUCUGUUGAUCAUAUUUUUCUUUCUUUGUGGGCUUCAGAAAUUCUGAUUUGGAUGGAUAGCGAAAGAGGCAGUAAAAACACAGUGAAAAUAACUGGAGCUGUUUGAAAAGCUGCUUCCAGUCUAGAGCCCUGGCUUACCCAAUUCCCACCUUUUGGCACACACAAGCUCCUUUAAAAGCACCACUUCCCUCCUGAAGCGUCCAGGUUCCUUCAGAGAGCAGCCUCAGCUGCUGCAGCAGAAGCACCUCUGUGUGGCACUGCCCACCAGGUGACACCCAGGUCAGGGCUGAAAUACCAGACACUUUUUUUGGGGGGAAGGAGGGAACACAACUCAAAUUUGAGUACCUUCUUAAGAGCAGGCGCCCUCUCCAUACACCUGUCUUGCCAGUAGGUUAAGCUUCAGCUAGUGUAAAUUCAAGCGUUGAGUUUUAUCCAGACUCAGAGACUGGAAAGCAAGUGAGAGGAACAAGUCAAGCUGUGGGACCCUGCAGUCAUGUCAACCCCAAUAAAGCCCAAUAUCCACAAAGCAGACAACACGCAGAAACUGCAAUCUAGUCUCCUACAGCACUGUAUUAGUAUUUGAUUUUGAAAAGUGCCUUUUCCCUUUAGCUCUGUUGCUCCACUCUUGUACGUCCCAAGGCCUGCAAAACCACAGGAGAGCUGCCAGGACAGAGGAUACACUGAGAAAAAUUGUGGGUUUAAGUUGCUUGCAAUCAGAAAAGCAUUUGAGACCCACUGCUCUGUUGUUUAACCACAGCUCAGAACAGCUUACAGCAGUCUCUAGUGUGAGGAGAGCUAUUCGAAAGCCAUUAACAGGAUUUAAGAGGGAAGUUCUGAAUUACACACUGGGAAAAGCAGCACUACAAGCAUUUACAGACACCCUUUUUCAGAUUUGGGAUUGACUUCUGUUUUAUGGAUUGAUUUCAAAGUGAACCUAUGACAGCCCUGGACUGUUCAAAACAUACAGUUGUUUCCGAAGGGAUGAACUAGCCAUAUCACUGGUCAGUAAGGGAGGACUGACACGUUAAAAGGGUCAAAAGAACUGCACUUUAAUUAGGAAGCAGCCGUUACUGGUAAUGUUUCCACCCAAUAUAAUAUGUUCAUUGAGCAAAAUUAUGGAAGGAAAGGGGUGGAGUUCCAGAGCCAAUAGAAAUGUGCAUGUUCAUGUACCUUCUGGAAGUCAAAGCCACACCACAUCAGGCUUGUGGAACUAAACACAAACUGGGAAGGAAUUAAAACUCAUAUUUCACAUCUUACUCACAAAGCAAGCUUUUAAUAGCAUUUACAGUUUUAAUAGCCAUGACCCAGGAUGUUUAUUAGUAACAUAAAAAUGUUAAUUGAAGUGAAUUGCCAUAAGGGAGACUCCUUUCCAACAAUAAAAGUAGCACAAUUGGUACGUUUGGAAAUAGAACUGAAGCAGCCCCAAAAUUACCCAUUAAGUAAGCACAACACAAACUAAUGAGAACGUUAGGAGUCUACAUGGUCUCCCUGAUGAGGUAACAUAAGCCAGGCUGUGGCCCUUUCUAGAGGGCCCUUCAAACCAAUCCUGCAUGAAACAGUGGUUUUACACAGGGAAAGUUCAGAUCUUCCUCUGAGAAGAAAAAUUCAGUUCCAGCUUUUACUGACAUCAUCAACACAACAAUGCUACCCAGACAGAAGACACAGGGCACUUCCAAAACAAAGACAUAAAAUAUAUUUGUACGCAGAGUUUCUAAUGCUAAUCUGUGCUGCUGCACUUCCACAGUGAUAGCUUCUUGGCUUCAAAAAAGUAAAGAUAAAGGAUAGAGAGCAAUGUAGAAGCAGAGCAACCCUGAUACCCCCAUCUCCUGACCCACCUCCCUCACUACCAUUCGAUUGGAAGCAUCUUUCUCUGUCGAGAAGGGACAUUACAUGGGCUGGACAAAACUCAAAUGUAUAAACUAUACUUCCUGAGGACUUCAGUUCAGACACAAGAUUUGUUGUCUGAAAACCUGUUUGGUUGGGGUUUAACUUGGGGCUAGCUGAGAAAAAGGCCGAAGUCUUAACUUUCAGCUGCUCUUAACACUGCUUUCAUUUUGAAUGCAACAUUAUUUUCUUCCAUACUGGCUGUACGCAUGGAGCAUGGAAGAUUGGUCACUCUGCAGAGACUGCCCAGUGUUUUGUUUGUGCUCUGCUGAAAGAGCAGCACAGAAAGCUGAGGGAUUAGGAACAGUCAGAGACACACAUGUGCUUUAGGAUACACAUUUUAAUUUCUUCUGAAAGCUUGUAUUUCAAGCAAUGAUAGUCAGCUUUCAAAUGCUCUUUCACAGGGAAGUUCCACAGCUAUCUUCUGUGUCAAGCAUUUAUAAAGGGCACUUCAGGGCUUGUUGUUGUUUCAAUCUUAAAAGAACAACUAUGGCACUUGGUUGCCAAAGUGCAUUUUUAUUAACUCCUCAGGAUGACCUUGAAAUUGUUAGAUCUAAGUGUCAAAGUGGUUUAAUGUUUAUUCCAACUCUCAUCUACACUUAGAUGUCAUAAACACUGCAAACUUAAGUGUAUGCCCCAAAACUUGUAAGCAUGCACCCAUUAACAAAAGCAAGCACAGAACACUCCUCUCAACCUUUACCUUUCAUAGUAAUCAAAAUACUUUCCAUCUUCUAAAGUCUCUAAAUACUGUUUUAUUAAAAAAGCCAAGAUAACUUACAUAUAAAUAUUCAUAAAUAUUUGAAAGGGUGUAUUUGUUUGAAGCAAGCAGCAGAACUCCUGUAACAUAAACAAGCUGUUCUGAACUUAUCAACACAAAGUGCUGUAUCUUUUGCAAUAAAAUUGUCCCAAAGGCAAA